AUGAUUUCAAUAAUGAUUCCCCUCAUGGUUUUAUGGGCUAAGGGCAAUAAUGCAGAAGAUUAUUACUACAACCCUCAAAACUUGACAAAGGCCACGCUGUCUGGGAUAGCAGCCUAUAGAUCAGCAUUGACGCUGGACUGGUUGGCUGCGGAAGACCAGCGGCAGAGGGAACUGGCUGCAGCCUUCGAAACUGAGCCUGCUCCUCCAGCAAGGAGUUUGUCGACUGACUGCAUCUCGUAUGCAAGACCAGCGUCUGGGAAAGUAGCGAGGUUGAUGCUGGAGUUGCUGAAGAAUUUGGAAGGUGAUGAAGGUAACAUAGUAACAGAUCUGAUUCAAGCAUUAGUGCGCACCAAACUGCUGGUUGAAACGUCCAUGUUGGAUGCAGAGCCAGACCUGGAUUCCUUGGUCAAGACUCCAGGCGUAAUGAUGGGAGAACCGCACACUACGUUCCCCAGGAUUCUGGCUAUGACCUGGAUGACAGUUACGGAUCCUGUCACCACUAAAAAAUUCGGAUGGUGUCCUAUAAACAAGGUAAACAAAUACUUGACGGUAACGAAGCCGAUCACGAUAGCGAAGCAGAUGAAAGCACUGGAGCCCGUCAUCGCUCGAGCCAGGUUUAUAAUGGAAGAAUUUAUUCAACACGUUACUCCACUGAAUAUGUACCAGAAGAAGUCACCAGAACCAGUCACAAAUAUGGCCAAAUUAUAUCCAGAAGAUGAUAAUAAUAAUAUAGCAGCAACAACAACUGAAACGCAUUUUAAAACUAUGAAGCGGCCAACACGAACUGUCAACACGGUACGAGCAGUGCACGUGGCUCUAGCACAAUCUGGUACCACGCCUCAGAUGGAACUGGAGCAUAUGCCGAGAAACGUAGAAAAUGAAAUUCUGGCAUCGUCCUCGCAAAUAAGUCUGUGUCAUUUACCACAUACACCUAUAAUCAUCUUUCUAAUCAUUUUCUACGUUAUAAACAUGUUUUGA